AUGAUUGCAGCUGUGGCAGCCGCCGUGACUGUCCCAGCUGUUCUAUUAACUCGACCGAAAACCGACCCUUCAAGUACUACCGUGACUACUAGUACGACUAGUACACUGACAACGACUCCAGACAUUGUUGCAGAAACAACAACAACAACAACAACAACAACAACAACAACAACAACAACAACAGCGACAACAACAACAACAGCAACAACAACAACAACAACAACAACAACAGCAACAACAACAUUAACAACAGCAACAACAACAACAGUAACAACAACAACAGCAACAACAACAACAACAACAACAACAACAACAACAACAACAACAACAACAACAGCACCAACAACAACAGCAACAGCAACAGUAGAUAUCGUUUCGACAUCCACAACAACAGAAGCGGAGCUCGUUCCAACGAUCACAGAAACAAUAACUGACAUCAAUUCGACAGUCACAGAAACAAUAUCUGACAUCAAUUCGACAGUCACAGAAACAAUAACUGACAUUAAUUCGACAGUCACUUCUAAUACAACAGAGAUGACAGAAUGGCGUGACACUGGCAGCAUGAAUAUCGCGCGAUUUGACCAUACAGCAUCCGUAUUAACAAAUGGAAAAGUAUUAGUUACUGGUGGACGAUAUAAUCUUAAUGUUUUUCUGAAUGAUGCUGAAUUGUAUGAUCCAUCAACGGAAACUUGGGCAAUAACUGGUAGUAUGAAUUAUAUACGACGAGGUCACACAGCAUCCUUAUUAUCAGAUGGAAAAGUAUUAGUUACAGGCGGAUUUAAUGGUACUCAAUCUCUAAAUACUGCUGAGUUGUAUGAUUCAUCAACAGAAACUUGGACAACGACUGAUAGUAUGAAUUAUGCACGACUUGGACACACAGCAUCUAUAUUGGCAAAUGGAAAAGUGUUAGUUGCUGGUGGACGCUCUGGUAGCAAUGCAAAUAUUACUGAAUUGUAUGAUCCAUCAACAGGAACUUGGACAAUUACUGGUAGUAUGAUUUAUGCACGGCGAGACCACAGAGCAUCCGUGUUAAGAAAUGGAAACGUGUUAGUUACUGGUGGAUUGAGUAAUAUUGGUUUUACAAAUAGUGCUGAGUUGUAUGAUCCAUCAACAGGAAUUUGGGUGAUGAUAGAUGAUAUGAAUGAUGUACGAUAUUACCACGCAUCAUCCGUAUUAACAGAUGGAAAAGUGUUAGUUACUGGUGGACUGAUUAAUGGUGUUGUCAUAAAUAGUGCUGAAUUGUAUGAUCCAUCAACAGGAAAUUGGACAGCGACUAGUAGUAUGAAUAAUGGACGGCAAUUACACACCGCAUCAGUAUUAACGAAUGGAAAAGUAUUAGUUAUCGGGGAUUCAAGUAGUGCUGAAAUAUAUGAUUCAUCAACAGAAAAUUGGACAAUGACCGAUAGUAUGAAUUAUGUACGAUCUAGCCAUACAGCAUCCGUUUUAAAAAAUGGAAACGUAUUAGUUGCUGGUGGAUCGGAGCUCAAUAUUGCUCUAAAUAGUUCAGAAUUAUAUCAAUCAUCUUAA